AUGAAUUAAAAAUAUUUUGAAAUUUCUCCCAUUCCAAAGCAUAUUAAAGCUUUGUCUAAUUUUUAGAAGUGGAUUAAUGUAGGAUAAGGCUUAGACUCAGCUUUAUUGGUAGGAUUAAUUGAAUAUCAUUUUAAAAUAAACAAUGUAGAGAUCUUAAAAUCUAAAUUAUUUGACUUCAAUCCAAAUAAUGAGGCUGUGGUAAAAAUUAAAAAUUUACUAAAUAUUUAUUAAAAUAAACCAUCUGGCUUUCUAUAAUUUUUGGGAUAGGUUAAAAUCUAAGAUUCUUAUGGAAAGUACUUUUAAGAUGUUAUUAUUCCUUACUUUAGAUAUAACUAUAAAAAUAAUCCUGAAGAAAAGAUUAAUUUUUUAUCAUAAACAUUUCAAGUUUAAUAUCAAAUAAUAAUUGAGCAUUCUUAAAAAUCAUCUGAAAAAUAAUUCAAUUAUGGAAAUAACCCCAUUAUUUUGUACAAAAAAGAAGAAAAUUAUUAUCUAAUUUAAUAUUAAUUAAUUAAACAAGCACCAAUAGAAUAGAUAUGUGCUUAAUGUAAAAAUUAAAUUAAUCCAAUCCUUUUACCAUGUCAUCAUUUUCUUUGCUUCUUAUGUAUAAAAAAAGAAUUUUAGGUUUCCAAACUUAUAUAAUCUUUUACUUGUCCCUAUAACCAAUGUUAAUUUCUCUUAAAUAAAACAUUUUAUUAGAAUCUUUAGCAAUAAUAUGAAAAUUCUAUUUGUAAGCAAUGUGAUUAAACUAAUUCAAACAAUCCUAAUCAACCUUGCAAGAAUUGUAUUGAAUCAAUUAAAAUUUAAAAUUAAGCUUCUUAAUCUAUUUAAAAAAUUGAAAAUUCCAAGAUCUAAAAUAAUUCAGAGAUUAUAAAAAAUAAUAUUUAAUAAAAUUAGAUUUUAUAACAAUAAUAAUAGCCUUAAUCUUCUGAUUCUAAUUUAAAAUAAAUAAUCAUUCAAGAAGAAAAUUCAUAGAUAUCAGAAAAAAAGAUGGAAAACCAACAAUAAAAAAAUAAUUAAUCUACAUAAUAAACUUUUAAUUCUAAUUUAUAAAAUGAACAAGAGAAGUAAAAAAUAUAAAUUGUAGAGAUUUUAUAAAAAUGUAGUAAAUGCAAAUAAUAAUAAAUGUAAAAUAAUAUCAUAUAAAUUUCAUGCUCUCAUUAUUACUGUAUUAGUUGUGCAUAAUAAUUAUGUCAAUAUAGAAACUAAUUUAUGUGUUAAGAGUGUGGGAAUUAUGUUUAAACAAAUGUUGUUUUAUUAGCAAUUUAAAAUAAUUAUUAAAAAUAAGAUUAAAAAUGUUGUAUAUGUAAGCAAAUAUUUAAUAUGUCAUUUUUAUUUUAAAAUUAAUGUUAAGAUUUUAUUUGUGCUCCUUGUUUAGAAGUGUUAGCUCAAAAAAAAUAGACUUAUUUAAGAUGUCCUUUAUGUGGAAAGGGAAUAAGAGAAAGAGAUGCUGAUUUAUUUUUUGAUAAAAUUUUGAAUUUAAAAUUAGAAUAAACAAAAUAAUAAGAUGAAUAAUUUGAAUAAUGGUAAUAGAAAUAAUAUGAGAUUCAGAGAGACUAAAAUAAUAAAUAUAAUUAAUAAAUUUAGAUCCAAACUUACAAAUCUGAAAAUGAAUAGAUUAGUAAAAAAGACUCUAAAAUGAUAGCAAUUGAAUAAAAAAAUUAACAUAGCAACUUAAUUUAAUUAGAAGAACCUUAAAAUUGUUCAUUUUGUUUUUCUCUAUUUACAGAUUAUAACACUCGUCAAUUUCUAACCUAUUGUCAGGAUUCAAGGCAUUUUAUUGGUGUUUGUUGUAUAAUCUUUCCUUCAGAUUGUCCCUAAUGUUAACUUUAAUCGCUUAAUAUUGAAAAAGGUCUAAAUUAUUCAUUAUUUUAGGAAAUUUAAGAUUUGAGUUAUAAUGCAUCAAAACUGAUGAUACUUUAAAUAUUAAUUAAUACAUUUGA